GAACACACCCACGCAGCCGCCAGGAGCCCACGUUCUGAAGCCGGCCUCCGCACCCGCAACACCUCGACCGGUCCCACCAUGUCCACGGGGUCUCUGAGCGACGUGGACGACGAGCUGCUGGACGGCAUACUGAAGUUCGCCUCGGCGGAGAGCACCGAGGAGAGCUCCAACAGCGAGGGGCACGCUGCCGUGUGCGCGCCGCCCACCAAACGCCGCAGGACGGCGUCGCGCAAGGCCCAGUCUCGCAAGGCCAUGGCGGAGAAGGGAGGCGGUGGGGUCCCACCCCGGGAGGGCAAACAAGUGCAGAGGAACGCGGCCAACGCGCGAGAGAGGGCCCGGAUGCGCGUCCUGUCAAAGGCCUUCUCGCGGCUCAAGACGUCUUUGCCGUGGGUGCCGGCCGACACGAAGCUGUCCAAACUGGACACGCUGCGCCUGGCGUCCAGUUACAUCGCGCACCUGCGGCAGGUGCUGGCCAACGACAAGUACGAGAGCGGAUACAUCCACCCCGUCAACCUGACGUGGCCCUUUAUGGUGGCAGGCAAGCCCGAAAACGAGCUGAAGGAAAUGCUGAGCCCCGCGCGCUUAUGCGGCGCCACGGCAUCGUGACCCGGCACGCUUUGGAUACCUGCUCGCGUUUCCCUUCGUCACCCCCCCCCGGGACUAGCGACGCCCACGUCUCAUCUCCACAGACCCUCCGAGGGGGAACAACAGCCGGGUGGCAGGCUUGUCCUCCACCUUCUUUUCGUUCCCGUAAAAAGAAACUAUUUAAUUGCAUUUUUCUCAAGUCACACUUUUUUUUGUGUGUCUUUGCUGGUCCAAAGACACACAACCUACUCUUUGAAAUAUGUACUCUGCAUAAGCAUUUUUUCUUAAUGUAUAGUAUAUAGUAGUCUCUUUAAUUGUACAGAUGCUCUAAAUAUAUAUAUAUAUAUAUAUAUAUAUUUGUAUCACUUUGGACAUUUUGCUAUCCUUUGGUUUGUGUGUGUGAGUUGUGACCUCACCUCUGUUAUCCGUGCACCCCUUUUGGAAUAAUAGCCCGAACCUGAGCAGAUAAGUGUCAGUGUUUUUGCUCAAAGAUAACGCUGGAUGCGGAUGCCUUUGCAUAAACAAACGCUGGCCUGCAAAAGAUUAGUUUCAAAACAAGAGAGAGAAAAAAAAAGGCUUCUACUUGGGUCGUUUAAAAAAACAAAAAACAAAAGUAAAACACCUAAAAGGCAAGUUUGCUUUUUCUGUGAAAUUAAAAGGGGGCAAAGAAAAGGAAAAAAAAAGGGGGGGGGGAGAUGUGUGUUAAUCCCGCGCAGAGCGGUUGUUUUAAUUCUGGUGGGUUAUGACCGUUGAUGUUUACAUCAGACGGACAGUUAUUUAUGCGUUCUGACAAAAGGCCUCCUUCUCCCUCUCUCUUUCUCUGAUAGCAUCCCACUCUUUAUCCCAAUUUUGUUGGCAAACACACACUUUUGCUCUCACAGGAAAGAGAAAGAGCAGCUCAAAACGCUCAAACAAACAAAACAAACAUUUUCGGGCCUUUUUUAAAAGCAACCGAGAAUUCAAAAUCUUUUUUUAGCAUCGUAUUGAACUUCUGUGCUGAUGUUUGUGUUUUGACAUUCAUCAUUUUAAAAUACUACUAGUCCUAUUUGUGAAGUGUGAAAUGUUAACUAGUAGAAUUUUGUCACCAAGUGUACUAGUAGCACACAUUUAUUAACUACUGCACAGCUUUGCCUUAGUAGAAACAUGUAGCUGUCCUAUUAGUCUUACUGGUGAAAAGACAAGUAGGGUACUAGUGCGUGAAUCUUUAGCUGGAUUUUACUGGAUUAUAUUGAAUAAAUGCUCAAUCGGCUUCAUGAAAAGCCAGUGACAAAAAAAUUCCACUAGUUUAACAUCCAGCAUUUAAUAACCAGUACUAGUAGCACACAGAUGUGAACUAGUUUCUAGUUUUGCCUCACACGUAACAUGAUGUUGUUCUACAAGUACGCCAAAGUUGUCUAACUAGUGAGGACAAAAAGUACAUGUACCUUAAACUGGACAUGAAGAAUGCGGAAUAAAGGCUCAAACAGUUUUCAAAACCACAUACCGUUCAUGUACUAGUAUACUCUUUGUCCUAGCUGGUAACAGGGGUGUCAAACUCAUUUUUUUCGCGGGCCACAUUGUCGUUCCGGUUUCCACUCAGAGAGCCGUUUUGACUGUGGAACAAAAAUAUAUCAUCUCACCAUAUUUACAUCAUCAAUUUAUGAACUAGUUUUGACAUCAGAAACCAAGGGUAAUGUGUUUUUCAACUAUUCACGUUUGGUGACACAAAAAUCCUCGCAAUAUCUUAACAUUAUCAUUUAUAAUAUAUGCAAUUAGAAAUUUUGGUACAGAUUUUUACAAGAAUCUUUUAAAUUCACUCUAGAUUUGGCUUCGCGCACCACGUAAAAUCAUGUGGCGGGCCAGAUCUGUCCCCUGGGCCUUGAGUUUGACACCUGUGCGCUAGUAGCACAACUACUAUGACAGUAAUUUUCAGUGUGGUACUAGUCACUGUAGUGGUCUAUGGACUCUCUCUAGUGGUUGGCAAAAUCAUCACUGCCAAAGUGAAAUUGUAUAUAUUUGUUCUUCCCAUUUCCACAUUUCAAAACAAUGCAUGCUCAAACUUUUAUUUAGAUAAAAUUUACAUGUAACUUUUAUACACAAUGUAGUUCAAUCCAUUCAUUAUUCAAGUCAUUUUUAAAAAUCCUCCACUAUUUUAACACAGAGUUCGUAUUCAACGGUGCGCAGUGUUACAGUAGCUUAAAAUCUGAUUCUAUUUUUGCAUAAUAAACCUCAAAAUGCAUACAAGUACACGGCCGCUCGGCUGGAUAUUGCGAAGAACGAAUGAAUGCGCAAACCGGUUGCCAUGGGCGACUGUCGGCGCUGCUAAAUUUCAUCACACCUCACCUCGAAGCUCAAGUAUCCGCCCACGGGAACAACAAGACGGAGGACUGCUGCAAUAAAAGAGACGCGGCGGUGUCACUUCAAGGCGUCUCACCUAAUACAUCAGCCGUGGUGUGGCAGGGCCCCCCAGCAACCCCCCCCCCCACCUCCACCCUCCACCACCAUACUGACACCACCCUUUGAGGGACCACCUGGGAGAAAAUAAACUUGGCCGUCUGCCCCCCCCCUCCAACCCAAAGGCAGGGGAGAAGUGGAAGCGGGAUUCCCAUACUUGCUAAUAGUUUUGUUGGACCACUGCCCAAAAAGGGGGUGGGGGGGGGGGAGUCACAUUUUGUUGCAGCUGAUGCUGUCAUUUGUUGUUCUCACUUCAGUCUGAGAAUUUAGAAGAAAAAUCUUACUGAAAGAUAACAGAAGUCAGCGGUGAUCAAUUGAGGGCGCUCGGGGACCCACCCCCCACCACUGACUGCGGUCACCACAUUACUUUCUCAAAGACACAGUUUUUUUUUUAAUAUUCAUAAUAAAAUAAGAAUACAGAAUAUCUAUUUUAGGAUGAGAAGGAAACAUUUAGUUAAAUAUGAGUAAAGCUGUUGUUUGGGUCAUCUGUGUUGACGAAAAUGUUAGUAAUAUCAUUCUUUGAUGUCAAACAGACGUCUUCGUUAACUCCAACAAUGUGUGCUUAUUUUAUCAUACCAUAUUUAUGCAUAUAUUGUGAAAAAACCUACAGUACCUUCCGACCUGCCACCCUAACUCACAACUGAUCUGUGUAUUGCAGUUGACAAACCCUAUUAAGCCCCGUUCACUGUUUGAGGAUAUAUGUUACAUCACUUUAGAUUAUAAAGCAUGACUUAUUGUGAGAAAUUACAGUAAAUUCUGAACAAGCCUCAACAUCGCCUCUCCAGGCAUUUUGAUUGCAUAAAUUGCUGCGCUCACCCUAGUGGUUAAUUUGGUGGUGCCUCAGCAGCUUCUUUCUUACACUGUAACUCAUUUGCUAUAUCCAUCCAUUUUCUUUGCCCCUUAUCCUCCAAUCCCAGCUUUCAAAGGGCAGGAGGCGGGAUCCACCCUGAAGUGAUUGCCAGCCAAUCAUAGGGCACAGAGAGAGAAACAGCCACACUCACAAUCACACCUAGGGGGAAUUUAGAGUGUCCAAUUAAUGUUGCAUGUUUUUUGGGAUGUGGGAAGAAACCGGAGUGCACGGAGAGAACCCACACAGGCAACGGGGAGAACAUGCAAACCCCACACACGCGGGGCCGGGAUGGAAACCGGGUCCUCAGAACUGUGCGGCUGACCCACUGUGCCGCCCUCACUUGCUACACUAUUUAUUUUUUCUGAUACGGUCAUGGAAUAAACCCUUGUUUCUUUAGUGUUUUGUUCAUUUGUAAUGCCAGGAACAGUGAGAGACAUUUUGUAGACAAAUAUAAUGAUAAGAAAAAUAGCUCAUACUGUUUGAAGAGUUGAAUUCUAGCCAUUUUCCUUAAUUUUCCAUAUAGCGACCAAAAUUAAUGGGAAUACUAUUAAAUUUAAGCAUG